AGUCGGAUUAUUUCGGAUCGUCUGGUGUUGGCAUACAGUUAUAUAUCGUGCACUAUUCUGAAAGAAUCAACAACAUGCCUUUGACAUUGAAACAUUUUCGAUCUGGGAGUACGUAUCCCGAGCCCACACCGGGAAAGUUGCGACUGUACAGCAUGCAGUCCUGUCCCUACGCCCACAGAACAAGGAUGGUGCUGCUACACAAGGGUAUCGAUCAUGAAAUUGUAAAUAUUCAUCUACAAGACAAACCUGAAUGGUUCUUGGAGAAAAUUACUCCCCUUGGCAAAGUUCCAACCAUCCAACUUGACGACAGGAUCGUUUUUGACUCGCUCAUCGUCAACGAUUAUCUUGACGCCAUGUAUCCUGAAACUAAACUGAACCCAGAUGACCCUUACCAGCUGGCACGUGACCGGAUGUUAUUGGAAAAAUAUGGGAAGUUCAGUGGUGCUUUCCACAAGGUAUUUUUUACCUUUGCUGGGGACAAAGAAGCCAACGAGAAUAUGUUUGCCGCCUUAGAUGAGUUCGAACUUGACAUUAAGAAGCGAGGGACUCCUUUCCUUGGAGGUGACAAGCCGAUGAUGGUGGAUUUUAACACCUGGCCGCACAUUGUGAUUUUACCUCUUCUGGCUUACUCCUUAAAUAACCCAGAACUAGAACUAUCUCCUGACAGGUACCCGGCAGUGACGUCAUGGAUAAACAAGAUGGAGGAAGUUCCCGCAGUUCAACAGACAAAAUUUGAUAAAGACCAGUAUAAACAGUUCAUUGAAACGUACAAAGCUAAAAAGGUGGAUUAUGAUGUGUUCAUAGUGGAAUGAAAUGAUAUUAUGAAGACAUUAAAAGUUAACCAUCAUACUAUAAAGGAACGCAUUAAUUCAUUAUUAGGCAUACUGUCAAUCGUCAAAUUAUAUAACAUACAACGAACGAAUUAUAUAACAUACAACGAACGAAUUAUAUAACAUACAAUGGACGAAUUAUAUAACAUACAAUGGACUUAUAUAACAUACAAUGGACGAAUUAUAUAACAUACACAUACAUGAAAAUUCAAGAUAUUAACACAUUUAAAACGCCAUGUACUUAUAUCAAGUUGUUAAUAGCUUUGAUUAAAAACUUGUAUAAACAAGGGUUUGAUAUACAUCUGCUUGUUCCAGGGGGACACAGUGUCUUUGUGUAUUCCUGUAGAUGUCAUUGUGCAGUGUCUGCACCUUCUCUGAAUAACUCGUAAAUUUUGGCGAUAAGCCUCUUAUCCAUGGGCUCAGUCCUGCAGCCUAUGUAAUUCAAUUAAUAAGAAUACAAAUGUAUUCAACACAAACAUGUACCGGUACAUAUUCAGCCUUUAUAAAAUAGAUUAAUGUUUAUAUACAAUUCAAUUAUACAAUAUGUUAUAUUUACAUCUAAAUAAAUUUAAUGCAGCAUAAACAUUAAUCCUUCGAAGUUUACUUCUUAGUAGUUUCUAUGUAAACAUACCUUAAAAAUUGGCUUUUUCUUUUAGCAAAAUCACCACCUGGGUGGUUUUGUGCUCUGACUGAUCUCGCAAAUUAAAUAAAAAGGCUUUUUGCGGUUCGGCUGUGCCAUCACAAACUGCUGAUCGCAGAAGCUUUCCUUUUUUGUCUUUCAACCCGUGCACGUCACCGGAAUCUUAAAAGUACGUGCAAAGAAAUGAAAACAUGGCUGAACUUUCAUUCCAGUAUCUAUAUUUUUAACCGUUACAUUUAACAUUGUUUACACAAAAGGCCAUGCAAACAAAAAAACAUUAAAGGUUAUUGUAAAAACAAGGGCGUGGAUAUAUAUAUCAGGGGCGUAGCUAGGCCUAAACAAAUCUGUAGGCCCGAUGGUUGUAUGUGAGUUUGGGAAUACACAACCCCAACGAUUCUUUUCUGAAUGAGAAGCAAAAAAGUGCAAUUUGGAAGCAUUCCAAGAGAAAAACAAAAGGCACACAUCUAUUUUAUAUGCACAUUACACAAACAUAAAUAUAUAUGUAAUGAUUAAAAUAAAAUCAAGCAAUACGCCCAUCACAUAGUUUAAAUAAACACCAGACUUGCUUUUGUUAUGAUAACGUUGUAUACAACUCAAAAACAAGUUUUUAUUGCAAUUUGGGGUUAUUGAAGUUUUGUCAUUUUUUCAGUUUUAGGCCCAGGCCUACAAGGGAUAUAUGUAGCUACGCCACUGUAUACCUCUAAUGUUUAACAUCUGUUGUCCAAAGUAGUGAUGCCCAAAGUAGGACGAGUAAUAGUAGUACAAACUAUCAGUGAUAACAAGAUUGACAAAGAGUAUGAGCAAUCACUUGCACUUUUAUCUGUAUGUUGUUUUAAAACAAGGGAUUGAGCUCUAUAUUCUUUGAAAGAGUUCUGCUGAGCUUUUACUAUUAAUAUGAGUAUUGUUAAUACCUCUAGUGUUAUUUUUUAACUAACGGUAACUGUUUAAGCUAUUGCAAUACAACAAAACUUUCAUUGACUAACAAAACACUAACUAAGUGGGGCACAUUUUUGUCUCAAUGAAUAAAUGAAUGAAGUAAUGAAAACAUUUCACUACCUGAAAAUCCGAAUACACGAAAACUUCUCUAAUAUCGUUUAAGCCUCACAAUCCAUUUUCUUUGAUGGUUUUGGUAAGAAGCGUUUUCCUCCUAUAAUCCUUUUAUCAGUAGUGACUUAAUAAUGAUUGUCAAUUGAUGAGUGAAUUCCUUCCUUUUGCUGUUGUCUCCUGUUAAUAGUUUUAUAAAUACUAAUUUGUGGUUGAUUAUAAACAUGAUUCCCAUUUGUUUGUUAUCAAUUCUGGAUAUUUAAGUAGCAGUUUAGUUUAUGGUAUUUCAUAAUUGUCACUUAUCACAACAAUUGAAAACACAAUUUAGAAAGGCAUACAAAGGAAAUGGGAAACAUGUCUAUUAAUUUUCCUAAUGAGCUUAUGUUAUUUGUGUUAAAAAAAAUCAAAAUGAAGCCUUAUUUACAUUUACUCAAUA